AUGCCGCCGCCGACAAAGCUCACCUCCCCCCUCUCCCUCGUCGUCACCGCUGAGCCCCUCGCCCGCGGCCCCUUCGCCCCCUUCGGCGACGUGAUCGAGAACCCCCACCCGGACGUCCUCCCCUCCGCCACACUCCCCCCGGCCGUCUCGGCCUCCUUCUCCGCCGUCCCCGCCAACCAGGGCACCGCCAUCAAGUACCAGAACGUCUCCUUUCCGCUCGACCUCUACCCCCAGGCCCCGAGCGCCGCCCCCGGCACCGGCUCGGCCGCCAAGCCCAUCGUGAGCAUCUUCUCCUGCGCCGCCCGCGCCCUCGACCCCCCCUCCCCGGCACCGGCCCCGCCCAUCUCCACCCUCCUCCCCUACACCUACGCCGGCGGGCCCUCCCGCGCCGGCCUCUUCCACGUCCGCAUCCUCGAGCGCCACCCCUUCACAACCCAGACCUUCACCCCCCUCGCCGCCUCCGCCUCCGCCUCCGCCACGCCCUCCGCCGCCUAUCUCGUCAUCGUCGCGCCCACCCUCCCCGCCUCCGCCGCGGACUCCUCCCUGCCCGCCCCCGCCACGGGCGGUAAGGGCCGCGGCCUCCCGGACCUUAGGCGCCUCAGGGCCUUCGUCGCGUCCCCCGGCCAGGCCGUCACCUACGGCGCCGGCACGUGGCACGCGCCCAUGGUCGCCCUGGGCCCCCCGGGCUCCGCUGUCGACUUCGUCGUGACCCAGUUCGCGAGCGGCGUCGCCGUCGAGGAUUGCCAGGAGGUCGAGCUCGCGCCGGAAGGCGAGGGCGAGGGCGUCGUGGUCCAGGUUCCCGAGAGGACGCCUGUCGCUGCCAAGUUGUAA